AUUCCCUUGCAAGUUCACUUCUAAAAGGUGCAUGAAGGCCUCAAGUCCAUGCUCUUAUUUGCUCUGCUAGGCUUUAGACCUUUCUUUGAAAAUGGACGAAGGACGCAUUAUUCGAGUGGGAUCAAGAAAGAGUCAGCUUGCCCUUAUCCAGUCCAACCAUGUUAUAGGACGUCUACAGAGGCUAUUUCCUGGAAGAAAGUUUGAGCUAAUUUCCAUGUCAACCACGGGAGAUGUCAUCUUAGACAAAGCCUUGUCCAAAAUUGGCGAGAAGAGUUUGUUUACGAAAGAAUUGGAGGUUGCCCUUGAAGAGAAAUCGGUUGACAUGGUUGUACAUUCAUUAAAGGAUCUGCCCACACUACUGCCCCCAAAUAUGGCCAUAGCAUCAGUCUUAGAACGAGAUGAUCCUAGAGAUGCUGUAGUCUUCACUGCAUCUUGCAAGACAAAGAAAUUAGAAGAUUUACCACCAAAUUCUGCAAUAGGAACCAGUUCAUUAAGACGAAUUGCUCAGCUGAAGAGGAAGUACCCACUCUUCAGAUUUGAAAAUAUUCGGGGUAACCUCAACACACGUUUCCGAAAACUAGACGAAGGAAAUAUGUACGCCGCAAUCGUUCUAGCAAAAGCCGGUUUAGAAAGAAUGGAAUGGCAUAGCCGUAUCGAUGAAGUCCUUGAGCCGUCCGAUUGUAUGUACGCCGUAAGCCAGGGGGCGCUGGCGGUGGAAUGCCGAUCGGACGACCAGGAGAUGAUCGAGAUGCUGAGUACGCUUCAUCAUACUGGGACGUUACUUCGAGUCGUUGCAGAGAGGGCUUUUCUGCGGACUUUGGAGGGAGGCUGUACUGUACCUGUAGCUGUCCAUACUGUUUUUACCGAAGGAGAUUCGAAGUGUGAGUUGUCUAUGGACGGUGGCGUGUUUAGCCUAGAUGGAUUUCAGGCGAUAACGAAUUCUAUGCAGACGCGGUUUACUCUAGAGCCAGUCAGUAAGAAAAUGAGGACAAAUGGUCCAUCUCUGUUCUCUAGUAUCGUUGCCGAAGACGUUAACGACUCCGCACUCGCCGCUGUGGAAACGUUGGGUCGUCAACUCGCCGAGACUCUGCUACAGAACGGCGCCAAGCCAAUCCUGGAUGAAGCGAAGGCUGAGGCAGAGGCCGAGCUGAGGAAACAAAAAGUGGAACGAGAUCUGAAACGCAACGAAGCCUGUGAGAAGGCUGUUUAAGAACUUACUAGGGAGCUUGGGGUUGAGAUCUGAAGCAUGCAAGGAAUCCUGGGAGUGGAAAGACUUCUUUUAAACUCUUGUUGUGUUUUAACACAACAAGAGUUUAAAAAAACUCUUGUUGUGUUUUAACACAACAAGAGUUUAAAAACUCUUGUUUAAAAACUUGUUUAAAAACUCUUGUUGAGAGUGGAGAAACAAUCUUUUUUAAACUCUUGUUGAUUGGUGGUUUUACAAAAAUGUUGAAGUCAGAAGUUAGAACGCUCAUUUAAGAGUGCGGCUUUGUUUUAACUGACAUAACUUAUGCAGCAUUAAAAGGUGCUGCAGUUUGUUUUCAUUGCAAUUUCUUCUGGUUCAGGUAAAUGCAUGUAGAAAUCAACUUUGCAGAAAGUUGGCAUUUAUACUAUUUGUAGAUGCAAAAUCUUUGCACUAACGUUCCACCCACAUGUAUGGUUGUGCUGUCAAAUUGCUGACGAUUUCUUGCAGUUGAUUUUCAUUACUUCGUAUAGUGAGCAAUUGAAAUGACCCAGAAAUUUCUGAGCAGAUUUCAAGCUGAGUGUAUGGCUUUUUUGAGUCGAUUUAUAUUCGGCUGGCUCUUCCCGCAACCAAACUGGCACUGAUCCAUCCACGGCCACCAUUUACAAAUCCGUCUGUUGACUAGCCAAUUUAAGUGCCCCAUGCACCAUAUGGCAAUAUUUUGGAACAGAAGUUUUGUCGAUUUUGUAUUGACAUGAUGCGAUCUACUUAUUUAGCUUUAUAUUGCUUGAAUCAAGUUUAGGUAAAUCCAUCUUGCUUGCAUGUAGUGCGUCAGGAAAAAGGGAAUUACAUCUUAAACUUCAAAAAGAGCAAGGCAGUUUGCUCUCAGCAGUUAGUCAUGACAUUAUUUGUAUUAUGAAAUGGUUGCGAGGUAUAUAUUUAUAAAAUGGACGCCACUAAUAAAUAGGAAAUGGUCGCCAGAUAUAUAUAGAUUCAUGCUGCUUGUUUUAUACAGGUAGUAUCCUUAUUCUCUAGAGAAUUAAUUCGCCCUAGUAUCAUAUGCUGCUUAAUAUAUAUUUUAGAAUAUAAUCUGUGUAGUAUUUAGAUAGAAAUAUUGAGUAUGUGUCAGCAUGUUACAGGAAAACCAUUAGAAAUGUUCUUCAUUAUUGGUUGUUAGUGCUGUCAAUGAAUACUAGUAAAGGCCUUUCAGACAAAAUGUUAUUUCUUGGGGACUGCUGCGCCAUCUAUCAAAACCUCAUUGGAAAAGUUGUAUUCAGUGGCGCCGGGAGAGAAUGACUUUUGUGGGAAACCUCUAUUCUGAAGAGGUUACAAACCACCAAAGUCAUAAUUUUGCCUGCGGAGAUAGUAGACAAGAGAUGUGAAAAAGCCUGAGGGUUGACAUGGUCAUCAUCGUUGCCUUGUGGCAUUUAAAUCUGUUUUUCAUGUAUUCAUAGUCUUCAGUGCAUUGUGUAGACGUCAUUUAGCUGGUUGAAGGGCGCCUGUGCAAAGGUUCUUUAUGUCAUGUUAUAGGCCAAUGUAAAACAAAUGCACCAAAACUGGCUUAAAGGGAACUGGAACCGCCAAGCCAGUUCGUAUGACCUCGUUUUCAUUUCCCGCGUAUCGGGUGAUCAGAACGAGGCAUGAAUGAAAAAAGGCGCCUAGCUGUCAAUCAUUGAGUGACGUCACUACUAUGGAAUUUACUACGAAAACUCAUGAAUGAAAGAUCGCAUGACUCACGUGAUUCUCACAUGAUUCUCAAUGAUAACAAAUUGAACUGCGCAUGCUCGGGCACUGGGGGCGGAGCUGCAAAUCUGAACUCGAAUAGGAAGUUGGAAGUUUGACUUUCUCGGGCGGUGAAAGUCGAAAAAAUGAAUAAAUCGCUCGGCGGUUCCAGUUCCCUUUAAUGGUGUCUGCUCAUUAUUUUAAUCAAUGGUUACCGAGGUAUGUUCUGUUUUGAUACUACAUGUAUUUUAUAAUUAGCAUAAU